UCUCUCUCUCUCUCUCUCUCUCUCAUCCACAAUCCCACAUUGUGCAGAAAUGAGUGCGUUCAGUUUCAGAAGCAUCGCAUUCAUGCUUGUACUUGCAUUUCUGGUUUGGUCGUCAAAUUUCGACGCUUGCAUGGGGAGAAGAGGGCGGCAUUGGAGGCAGAACAGAGCAUCCUCUGCUUCUCUUUCAAAGAAAAAAGGAAAAAGUAGCCAUGGCGGCGGCGGGGGUAGCCACCACCACAGUGGUAGUGGAUCAAAACCUAAAAGGGCACCAUCUCCACCUCAAAACAAGGCACCAUCGCCACCUCAAGUUCCCAAGCCAAUAGAUGACACUCCACCAAGUUCUCCACAGAAAGGUUCAUCCACUUUUAAUGUGCUAGAUUUUGGUGCUAAGGGUGACGGCAGUACCGACGACACCAAGGCAUUCCAAGCUGCAUGGGCCGCUGCUUGUAAAGUUGAGGCAUCAAAUAUCAUUGUUCCAGCCGGUUACCAGUUCCUCGUGGGUCCCAUCUCAUUCUCCGGCCCAUACUGCCAGAAAAACAUCCUUUUCCAGCUGGAUGGUACGAUAGUAGCGCCAACGGACUCGGAAUCAUGGGGCAAAGGUCUGUUCCAAUGGCUUGAAUUUACAAAGCUAAAUGGAAUCACAGUACAGGGAAAGGGAGUGAUUGAUGGAAGAGGCUCAUCUUGGUGGCAAGACACUCCCUAUGGAGACCCUAUAGACGAUGAUUUCAAACUCAUUGUGCCACUAAACAGCUCAGUCCAACAACGCCCGCCAAUGCCGAUAAGAAGCCAGCUGAGCGGGAAAAUGCCAAGCAUCAAACCGACGGCAUUGCGGUUUUAUGGGAGUUUUAAUGUGACGGUCACAGGCAUAACGAUUCAGAAUAGCCCUCAAUGCCAUCUCAAGUUCGACAACUGCCAGGGAGUUCUGGUCCAUGAUAUGAGCGUCUCGUCCCCUGGGGACAGUCCCAACACUGAUGGAAUUCACCUCCAAAACUCCCAAAGAGUGCUCAUCCACACCACCACUCUUGCUUGCGGAGAUGACUGUAUUUCCAUACAAACUGGAUGCACAGAUGUAUACGUACACAACGUGAACUGUGGACCAGGGCAUGGAAUCAGCAUUGGAAGUUUAGGAAGGGACAACACGAAAGCAUGUGUUUCAAACAUUACCGUUCGAGACAUCAUUAUGCACAACACCAUGAAUGGUGUCAGAGUCAAAACAUGGCAGGGUGGAUCAGGCUCUGUUCAGGGAGUGAUGUUCUCAAACAUUCAAGUUUCUGAAGUUCAACUCCCUAUUGUGAUUGACCAAUUUUACUGUGACAAAAGCACAUGCAAAAACCAAACAUCAGCUGUGGCUCUGUCGGGGAUCACCUACGAGAGAAUAAGAGGAACAUACACCGUAAAACCAGUACACUUUGCCUGCAGUGACAGCCUACCCUGUGUAGGCGUAACACUGAAUGGCAUAGACCUGAAGCCAUUGCAAGAAAAGUAUCACUUGUACGACCCCUUCUGCUGGCAGACGUUUGGGGAGUUGAGAACCCCGACAGUCCCACCCAUUGGUUGUUUACAGCUUGGCAAGCCAUCGAGCAACAAAGUUAACUCGGAUCACGAUGUGUGUUGAGAUUUUUAGUACUAAGUAUACAUAUGUAUAUCUGAUGACGAUGGUGUAUUCACUUUGUGUGGUCGGCAAGAUUUCCUGACCCCUUUCGCACCAUCAGCUUGCUUGGUAAUUGGUAUAGUGUGUGUAUAAUUUGGCAGUCCUAGUUUUACAGGAAUUCUUCAUCAUCGUUAUUAAAGGCUUACAUUUAUAUCCUGAAGUUUUACAAGGUAUCAUCAUUGUAUUUUCAUCCAAAAGAACAUAAAUUACAGAACUUCCAUUAA